GCUCAAUCCUGGAGUCAGGGGAGAGGAGAGCACAGCUACUUCAAGAGCAAACUUCAUUUCAGUUUACAGCCUGCUUUAACAAAGCUGUAGCUGUGUGUUAUCUGGGUCAUGUGGCUACUGGACUGGAUCUUCUCCAUCAAUACAGCUGUGGUGAAGCUAGCCAGCGGUCUCACAUGCAAAUCAGAGCCUCAUGGUCGUGGAGGCAGCUCUCAACCAGGCCAGGCAGACUCUCCGCUCCCAGAACAGGACGAGGAGAUCCUGGGCUCUGAUGACGAUGAGCAGGAGGACCCCAAUGACUACUGCAGGGGUGGGUAUCACCAUGUAAAGAUUGGAGAUCUGUUUAAUGGAAGAUACCAUGUGAUCCGAAAACUGGGCUGGGGGCACUUCUCCACUGUGUGGCUGGCCUGGGACAUCCAGGAAAAGCGCUUUGUGGCCAUGAAGGUUGUGAAAAGUGCUGAGCAUUACACAGAAACGGCUCUGGAUGAGAUCAAGCUACUCAAAUCUGUGAGAAACACAGAUCCCAAUGACCCCAACAGAGAGAGAGUGGUGCAGCUUCUGGAUGACUUCAAAAUAUCUGGCAUGAAUGGCACUCAUGUGUGCAUGGUGUUUGAGGUGCUUGGAUAUCACCUUCUCAAGUGGAUCAUCAAGUCAAAUUAUCAAGGCCUGCCACUGCCCUGUGUUAAAAGCAUUAUACGACAGGUCCUGCAGGGUUUAGAUUACCUCCACACCAAAUGUAGGAUCAUCCACACAGACAUCAAACCAGAGAACAUCCUGUUGACCGUCAACGAGCCCUACAUCAAGAAAAUGGCUGCUGAAGCGACACAGUGGCAGAAGUCUGGAGUUGCACCUCCCUCUGGAUCUGCAGUGAGCACAGCUCCAGCACCCAAACCAGUGGCCAAAAUGUCAAAGAACAAAAAGAAGAAGAUGAAGAAGAAGCAAAAGAAGCAGGCAGAGCUGCUGGAGAAGAGGAUACAGGAGAUGGAGGGAGAAACAGCACCGGAGGGAGGAGAAGAGGAGGAUGAGGAGGAGACCACAACGACAACGACAACUGAGACCACAGAAGACACCACCUCAUCAGCCACACUGUCUAUGUCGGCAACCAUGCAGGACAUCGCUAACCAUGUUGUCACAGACUCGCUUCCUGACGAAGAGCUGCAGCAGAUGCCCGCGCCGAAGGAACACAGGGAGACUGAGGUGGAAGAGAACAUGGAGGUGAACUGCAAUGGCUGUGCCUCCACACCAGAAUGCGAGAAAAGUCCAGAGAAUCAAGGGACCAAGCAGUUGACAGAGGAGCAGCAGGAUCAACAGAACGCCAACCAACCUGACAGUAACACAGAUUCCCAGGACACAUUAAGUCAUAAAGAAGAGCAUCAGACCUGCAAUGGUUCACCAGAGGAACCAGACACAGAGUUGCUGCAGCUCCCAGCCUCUUUGUGUCCUGAAUCUGUCAGCGUAGAGCUGAAGGAGACAGAGAAGGAGGAGAAGAAGGAGGAGGAGAUGGACACUCGGGGGGAAACCAAAAGAGAAGAAGAAGAAGAAGAUGGCCAGAAUGGAUCCUCAGGCAGUUUGUUAGUAAACCCCCUGGAGCCUCUCAAUGCAGACAAGGUGCAAGUAAAGAUUGCUGACCUCGGAAACGCCUGCUGGGUGAACAAACAUUUCACAGACGACAUCCAGACACGACAGUACCGUUCUCUUGAGGUGCUGAUGGGAGCUGGCUAUAGUACACCGGCAGACAUCUGGAGCACAGCCUGCAUGGCCUUUGAGCUUGCCACUGGAGAUUAUCUAUUUGAGCCCCACUCCGGAGAAGACUACUCCAGAGAUGAAGAUCACAUCGCGCUGAUCAUAGAGCUGCUCGGUAAAGUUCCUAGGAAGCUGAUCUUGGCAGGCAAAUACACCAAGGAGUUUUUCACCAAGAAAGGUGACCUGCGUCACAUCACCAAGCUGAAGCCAUGGGGAUUAUUUGACGUGCUGGUAGAAAAGUACGAGUGGUCCAAAGAGGAGGCGCACACCUUCAGUAGCUUCCUGCUGCCCAUGCUAGACCUGGUGCCUGAAAGGCGGGCCACAGCAGCCCAGUGCCUCUCACACCCAUGGCUCACAUCAUAGAGGUCACCCUGUGCACACCUACAGUCUCACAUUGUGAAAGGAUACAUAAGGUUUGAAGAUCCUGGGCUUAAAACCAUCCAGUAAGCAAACACAUUCAUGCCUGACAGACCCUGUGACUGCAUCGUGCCUGCAUCCUCCUGUCAUGGCCCUCAGAGGCCGCCUACACAUACUUUCAUGAACACAAUAAAAAGAGAGACUGCUGCAGAGUCUUGGUCCUGUUUGGAUAACACUGGUGAUAGAAGGAACUAUUGGGCUUCUCCCUUUAUUUAUAACAUUUUUUUACUGGCUGCUUACUUAUCCACCUCACUCUUGUUUUUCUUACUCCAGCUCUUUCUCUGAAUCCAAUUUAAUUUUUGUAUUUUUAACAACACAUGAAAAAGGAUUUGCACUUGCCUACAAAUACAAAAAACGCAGGAUGUAGGAGGGAGUUAAAAUUUGCCAUCAAACUAGUCAUCACAUACCAGCCAAAUCUGUCUCUGUUCAGCUGCCGUGCUGGCUGUACCAGCUUUUUUGCUUUCAAAUCUUCCAAAAAAGAGAGUCGAUGACCGCAUAAUGCUAACAGGCAUGAUGAGGAAGUAGUAACCAUAUUGUGGUAAUGUCAUGGCUUAACCUGAUCAAGUUUUGUACAUUUAUAUACAGAUAAAAUAUCAUUAUUAGAAAUUCAACUGGGUCUGGGAAGAGAAAUCAGAAAUCAAACCAUUUGAAUAAAACAUCAUCCAUAUUUUUUAGCUUCAGCAUUUGGCAAGUGCUUUUUUCUGAGAAAACUGCAGAAUAAUGUGAGAAACUUCUGCUGUACAUCAAGAGUCAGCAUGAGACAGCUUCACACUGUUUUGUACCUGGGCAACGUUUUGCCUGUUUAUAAAAGCUUCACAAAUCUCCUGCUUUAAUUAGAAUAUCUGGUGCACAGUUCAGUGUACCAAAGCGUCUGGAUUUGGUCCCUCUCUCUUUACAAAGAAAGCUUUGAACAGUUUCUAAAAGAGACCUAGACUUAAGCCAAUCUAAACUUUCCUUUCACACUUUUAAAGAUGCCACAAAGAAUGUUAUAGUUUCCAGUUGUGCAAAAACCCGAGCUUCAUUUCAAGUUCUUCUUCCUUUGCACAUGGAGGUGUUGUAUCUUAAACUGAUAGAUUGUACUUAUUGCUGUAGUUAUUGCUUUGAGAACCCUUCAAUCCAUUCUGCUUGUUUUUCUACAGACUUCUCUUCUGUCCAUGUCUACCCUCUUAAUUUGUCAUUUUUUGUAGGCAAUAAGAAUAAAUAUUUUUCAAAAUCUUA